AUGCCUUUAACAUCUCGCGACCAAAUGACAAUCGAAAAAAGCCCAGCUUACUUCCAUAGCAGGACAGCUGCUGUACGAAUACGUGCCCUCAACCCUGCAAUGAAAAUUAUCAUAGUAGUCCGAGAUCCCGUUAUGAGGGCAAUAUCAGAUUAUACGCAAGCUUCAUCGAAGCGAAGAGCGCCAGCAAUGAUGCCAUCUUUUGAGGAGAUGGCCAUUGGCGAUUGUGCACCAUGGCUAAUAACAAAUUGCUCCAUGAAAGUUGGUGGCGUCAACGUUGGAUGGGGUGCAAUACGGAUAGGACUCUAUCACAAACACAUGAAAAGAUGGUUAGAUAACUUUCCUAUGGACCAAAUCCAUAUCGUCGAUGGAGAGCGACUAGUCGCACAACCUGCUCUAGAGGUCAGCCAAACCGAACGGUUUCUUGGACUUGAGCCAGUCGCAAAACCAGAAUAUUUCGGAGUUGACCCAAUCAAGAAAUUUCCGUGCGUUCGCCGAUCCGAUGGCAGUCUGCACUGCUUGGGCAAAACGAAAGGCAGGAAACAUCCAGCUAUUCAAUCUGAAGUCCUCCGGAGGCUGAAGCGAUUUUACGAAAGUGAGAAUAAAAAAUUCUUCCGACAGAUCAAUCGAUCGUUUGCAUGGUAG